AGUGCUUCUUCGGAUCGUUCAAAACAUUUUUCAUUAUCUUGUUGGAGCCUUAUUCAGCCCUAUAAGGUAGGCAGCGAUACUGUCAGGUAGAGGAGAGCUGGUCUUGUGUUCGCAAACAUGACUUGUCCCCUUAGCUAAGCAGGGUCUAUCCUGGCUGUGUAUGAAUGGGAGACUACAUGUGAGCAUCUUCCCGUCAGGGGAUGGAGCUCCUCUGGCAAGAACAGAAGGUUCCAAGUUCCCUCCCUGGCAUCUCCAAGGAAGGGCUGAGAGAGAUGACAGCCUGCAACCUUGGAGAUGCUGCUGCCAACCACUCUGUGUAGACAAUACUGAGCUAGGUGGACCAAGGGUCUGACUCAGUAUAUAGCAGCAUCCCAUGUUGCCAUGCACUGACUGAGCAUGCUCACUCUACUGACCGUGUUCCACCACCCACCCACCCCGGCCCUCAAAUAUAUAUUAGGCUCGAUUAAGAAACAUCCAGAUGUUGAAGACGAAAACAGGACUAUGGGACAUUCCCUUGCGGGGAGGAUCUGGAGUGCAUGCCACCAAUGCACCUCAGGACAGAACCAGGGGGGAACAAGGAGAAAGGCAGAAACACAACAGGCAGAGCCCAUCCUGGUGCUUCCACAUAGGAAGCUGUAUCUGUUGCAUUUCUACCUCUUGCGUAGAUGCUACCCUGGUGGUGCGGGGGGGGGGAGUUUCAGUCCAAUGGCAUAGUCCUGGUUUGGACUGGGAGUUAACAAGUCUUUUUCCGAUGUGAACAUUUUUUUUUUACUCUUCUGAAGGGAAAGGGUGGUAGGAAGCCCCGUUGACUGCCGACUGAGAUGCCAGCAAAGAGUUAAGGGUGAGAGAGACGUGAAUCCUAGAGCAGGCAAAAGGGAUCGUGAUUGGCCACACUCUCUUCCUGCCCCGCCCUCUUCGCUGUGGAAGAGGAGGACUCCCGGGAUUAUUUCUUGCAAGGAACCCCACCCCUGCCUGGGAGGAGGAGGAGGAGAGUGAUGAAGGCCAAGGAAUCGGGAGGAGUAAGUGGGUGGGAGACCAAAGGCCAGGAGGUGAAUGGGGGGAGAAGGGGGGAAGAAAGUCACCCCCAAGCAGCCCCCCCCACUUCAGCUGAUGGGGAGGUGGCCUGUGUGGGGCUGAUGAUGCCUCUGCAGUUCCUUCCAAUCCAAGACAAGCUUCUUUGCAAAAGGAGGAGGCUUUGAGGAGACAGAAGCCAGUUUUCCAGCUGCUUGCCCUCAAUAGCUUUGCGGGACCCUAACGGGAAAGAGAGACAGUGGUUCCUGGAGGAGGAGGAGGAGGAGGAAGAAAGGGGGAGAAGCAGAUCUGCCGGGAAUAUUUGGGGAGGAAAGAGGGGUGGGGGAGAGAAGGCUGUUCUGGGCAGCGGGGGACACACAGCCAUCCUUUUCGGGGAGGAGGCUCUGCAUUGGUCUGUGACUUGCAAAGGAAGGAACCUCCUUGCAUACUGCAGGGGCCCUUUAGAUUUGGCUCCUUUUCUAUAAAAGGAAGCCUCUGUAAGGAGCCCAAAUAAUCCAUUUUCCUUAGUGAAAUGCCUCCACGACUUGGGGGUGUUCUACUUCAAGCACAGAACCACGUUAUUGCUUUGCAGUACUCAGUUCCUGCUGCAAGGAGCAAUCUGUUGGUGAAACAACUUUGGCCUUUCUUUGGAGCAUGGAAUUGGAGAUGGAAAUGCAGGACUCAGGUGGCCCAGAGACCAUCAAGGCUGGGAGCGGUGAGGAAUUCUGGGAAAGGACUCUGCAGGAAACCCUGUAUGAGGACACGCUCCCUUCAGAUGCGCAGCUCCAACACUUCAGGCAAUUCCGCUACCAGGAGGUUGAGGAACCCCGACAGGUUUGCAGCCGACUUCACCACCUUUGCCGUCGGUGGCUCAGACCAGAGCAGCACACAAAACACCAGAUCAUGGACCUUGUGAUCCUAGAGCAGUUUCUGACCAUCCUGCCCCCGGAGAUGGAGAGCUGGGUGAGGGAAUGUGGAGCAGAGACCAGUUCGCAGGCGGUGGCCCUGGCGGAAGGUUUCCUCCUCAGCCAAGCAGAGGCCAAGAAGCAGGGAGAGCAGCAGGUGCAGGGACCAUUAGCAGAAGCAAACCUCUUGGUUUCUGAGGCAGAGAAGACUCUAUCAGACGCCAGAUUGAAGCUGCUGCAUGGAGGGAGAUCUCAGGAGGAUCAUGCAGAUACCACCUCACUGGUUCACGGAAGACCACUGGAGGUGUUGACAAGCUCAUGGCUCCCCUGUGUGGAUGGAGAAACAGCUUCUACCCAACCAGGUCAGGGUGCCGUGUCCUUUGAGGAGGUGGCUGUGCAUUUCACGGAGGAGGAGUGGGCUCUGCUGGAUGCAGACCAAAGAGCCCUGCACAGAGCAGUCAUGGAGGAGAAUAGGCAGAAUGUGGCCUCUCUGGCAGAUGAUGGGUGGAAAAUCAAGACUGAAGGAGAAACAUGCGGGUCACCAGUAGAAAGAGCAAGAUGCAAAAAGAAAGGACAACAGAGAAAAGCAACAAAAGAAAGCCAUGAAAGGAAGAAUGAAUCUCCGCCUGUUAAUGCUGGUGUCUCCCAAGAAACAACAAUCCAAGAAGAACUAGAGAAGGGAAAGCAAAAGAGGCAGCCCCUCUCAUGUGAGAAAAGCAUUGGUUAUCAAUUGUGGCUGAAAUGUUACUGGGGAAUGAAGAGAAGGGCAAAGGAACCAUUGAAGUGCUUGGUGUGUAGAAAGAGCUUCAGUCUGAACUCACAUCUAAGAGAACACCAAGGAAUUCAUACAGGAGAGAAACCAAUUAAAUGCCUAGAGUGUGGAAAGAGCUUCAGUCAGAGCUCAGCUCUUAAGAAACACCAAAGAAUCCACACAGAAGAGAAACCAUUUAGAUGCUUGGAGUGUGGAAAGAGCUUCAAUAAGAGCUCAAAUCUUAGACAACAUGAAAGAAUUCACACAGGAGAGAAACCAUUUAGAUGCUUGGAGUGUGGAAAGAGCUUCAGUCAGCGCUCAGGUCUAAAGAAUCAUCAAAUAAUCCACACAGGAGAGAAACCAUUUAGAUGCUUGGAGUGUGGAAAGAGCUGCAGUCAGCGUUCAGGUCUAAAGAAUCAUCAAAUAAUCCACACAGGAGAGAAACCAUUUAGAUGCUUGGAGUGUGGAAAGAGCUUUACUCAGAACUCACAUCUUAGACAACAUCAAAAAAUUCAUACAGGAGAGAAACCAUUUAGAUGCUUGGAGUGUGGAAAGAGCUUUACUCAGAACUCACAUCUUAGACAACAUCAAAAAAUUCAUACAGGAGAGAAACCAUUUAGCUGCUUGGAGUGUGGAAAGAGCUUCAGUCAGCGCUCAGGUCUAAGGAACCAUCAAAUAAUCCACACAGGAGAGAAACCAUUUAGAUGCUUGGAAUGUGGAAACAGCUUCAAUCAGGAUUCAGCUCUUAGAAAACAUCAAAGAAUUCACACAGGAGAGAAACCAUUUAGAUGCUUGGAGUGUGGAAUGAGCUUCAAUCAGGGUUCACAUCUUAGAAAACAUCAAAGAAUUCACACAGGAGAUAAACCAUUUAGAUGCUUGGAGUGUGGAAAGAGCUUCAAUCACAGUCCACAUCUUAGACGACAUCAAAGAAUUCACACAGGAGAGAAACCAUUUAGAUGCUUGGAGUGUGGAAAGAGCUUCAGUAAUAGCUCAUGUCUUAAGAGACACCAAAGAAUUCACACUGGGGAGAAACCAUUUAAAUGCUUGGAGUGUGGAAAGAGCUUCAGUCAGAGCUCAAGUAUUACCCAACAUAAAAAAAUUCAUUCCCGGAGAAAACUAUUUAGAUGCUUGGAGUGUGGAAAGUGCUUCGAUCAGGGUUCAAAUCUUAGAGAAAAUAUAACAAUUCACACAGGAGAGAAACCAUGUAAAUGCCUGCCUGGAGUGUGGAAAGAGUUUUACAGGACUGGGAGGGACUCCAGCCUGCAACCUGGGUCCGUGCCACUUGAAUCCGGCCUUGAACCAGAAGAGCAGGGUGACUCUCGUUUGGAGCACGACCCCGUAUAUGACUCUGACCCCCGCUCGGAACCGGAACAGGACUUGGCUGACUCGGCGGACUAUUACGAACCCAAGGCUCCUUUAACGGAUGAGGAUUUUGAAUCCGAAUUUGAACGUUUACAGCCAAGGUCCAGAUUUCAAGAGCUGAGGUUCCACCACUCCGCUCCCCGCUCUUGGUACCAACAGGAGACCCGCCACAACUUGGAACUCCUCGCUGAGCUGCGCCCGAACUCCCUUUCUGAGGACUAUAAGUUGUUCGCUGAUUACGUCAUGCGAAUGGCUAGCUCCUUGGGAGUUCAGAUGUCCCAACUGGAUAAAGAGGAGCCAGACCCACUGUUCCACCUCAUUGAGACUGAUACCUAUCUGAAUUGGUACGUCACCUACAAGCGCUUUCGGAUGGUGACCAUCCUGACCAUCCUGGCCCUUCUUCACAGUGGCAAUUGGUUUGCCUCUCUGGAUCUCUGCGGCGCCUAUUAUCAUGCCACGAUCUGGCCGCAACACCACCGUUAUCUCCGAUUCCUGGUGGCAGGGAACAUGUUUCAGUAUUGCGAAGACGCGACUGGGGGAGGAGGAGGAGGGCUCCGGAUCCAGGCGGCCGGGGAGCCAUUCCAAGUGGUCCACUCGGAGGGGAGCCCAGGAGGUGGAGGUGGGAGAGGGAGGAAGGAUGGUAGAUGGUGGAUGUUUGGCCUUCUUGGAAGCUGCCUUUGGAACAUAGAAUUGGAGAUGGAAAUGCAAGACUCGGGUGGCACAGAGACUAUCAAGACUGGGAGCAGUGAGGAAUUCUGGGAAAGGCCUCUGCAGGAAGUCCAGCUGCAUGAGGACACGCUCCCUUCAGAUGUACAACACCAGCGCUUCAGGCAGUUCUGCUAUCAGGAGGUUGAGGGGCCCCGACAGUUUUGCAGCCAACUCCACCAACUUUACCAUCAGUGGCUCAAACCAGAGCAACACACAAAACACCAGAUCAUGGACCUUGUGAUCCUAGAGGAGUUUCUGACCAUCCUGUCCCCGGAGAUGGAGGGCUGGGUGAGGGAAUGUGGAGUAGAGACCAGUUCGCAGGCGGUGGCCCUGGCAGAAGGUUUCCUCCUGAGCCAGGCAGAGGCCAAGAAACAGGAAGAGCAGCAGGUGCAGGGGCCAUUAGCAGAAGCAAACCCCAAUUUUUCUGAGGCAGAGAAGACUCUAUCAGAUGCCAGACUGAAGCUGCUGCACAGAGGGAGGUCUCAGGAGGCUCAUGCAGAUCCCACCUCACUGGUUCAUGGAAGACCACUGGAGGUGUUGACAAGCUCAUGGCUCCCCUGUGUGGAUGGAGAAGCAGCUUCUACCCAACCAGGUCAGGGUGCCGUGUCCUUUGAGGAGGUGGCUGUGCAUUUCACGGAGGAGGAGUGGGCUUUUCUGGAUGCAGACCAAAGAGCCCUGCACAGAGCAGUCAUGGAGGAGAAUAGGCAGAAUGUGGCCUCUCUGGCAGGUGAUGGGUGGAAAAUCAAGACUGAAGGAGAAGCAUGCAGGUCACUAGUAGAAAGAGCAAGAUGUAAAAAGAAAGGACAACAGAAAAAAGCAACAAAAGAAAAGCAGAAAAAGAAUGAAUCUCCUCCUGUUCAUGCUGGUGACUGCCAAGAAACACCAAUCCAAGAAGAAAUAGAGAAGAGAAAGCAAAAGAGGAAGCCCCUCUCACGUGAGAAAAGCAUUGGUUAUAAAUUGUGGCUUAAAUGUCACUGGGGAAUGAAGAGAAGGGCAAAGGAACCAUUUAAGUGCUUGGUGUGUAGAAAGAGCUUCAGUUACAGUUCACAGCUUAGAAACCAUCAAAGAAUUCACACAGGAGAGAAACCAUUUAAAUGCCUGGAGUGUGGAAAGAGCUUCAGUUGCAGCUCAGGUCUUAAGAUCCACAAAAAAAUCCACACAAAAGAGAAACCAUUUAGAUGCUUGGAGUGUGGAAAGGGCUUCAAUCGGAGCACAGCUCUUAAGAUCCAUGAAAGAAUUCACACAGGAGAGAAUCCAUUUAAAUGCCUGGAGUGUGGAAAGAGCUUCAGGUGUAGCUCAGGUCUUAAGAUCCACAAAAGAAUUCACACAGGAGAGAAACCAUUUCGAUGCUUGGAGUGUGGAAAGACCUUCAAUCGGAGCACAUCUCUUAAGAUCCAUGCAAUAAUUCACACAGGAGAGAAACCAUUUAGAUGCUUGGAGUGUGGAAAGAGCUUUAGUCAUCGCUCAGCUCUUAAGAUUCAUGAAAGAAUCCACACAAGAGAGAAACCAUUUAGAUGCUUGGAGUGUGGAAAGAACUUCAGCCAUAGCUCAGGUCUUAAGAGCCAUGAAAGAAUUCACACAGGAGAGAAACCAUUUAGAUGCUUGGAGUGCGGAAAGAACUUCAGCCAUAGCUCAAAUCUUAGGAGACAUCAAAUAAUCCACACAGGAGAGAAACGAUUUCGAUGCUUGGAGUGUGGAAAGGACUUUGGUUAUAGCUCAACCCUUAAGAAGCAUGAAAUAAUUCACAAAAGAGAAUGUUGGAGAUGAACUUCCAGUGCAUCGACCUUUUGCACCAACUGUCCUAAUGACCACUAGGGGCACUGGGAGUAGAGACAGUGAGUCAGGGUCUCCCUAUCUGUCCCUACUCUAUGACCCCUGAACUGACUCUGCAGCACUUCCUGUGCUGAGUCACAAUCCUUCCUUUCCUCCUAGAGAGCAAAUGGAAACAUAUCUCUCUCUCCUUACCUAUCCACUAUGUAGUCUUUUAGAUUAGAUAUAGGUCUUUACUAUCUAAGUGUAUUUAACCAAUAAAUAUUUAGUGUUUAGUCAUACAAGGACCUCCAUGUGUUUUCUCUGAAUAGCUGCAAUAUCCAAACCAUCUUCUGCUUCCUACUCUGUAACUGGAGUGUAUGCUCAUUCCUUAGUGCUCUGCUGUUUUACCUAUUGUGGUAAAAAUCAACAACCUCUAAUGGAGAGAAACCAUUUAGAUUCUUGGAGUGAGGAAAGAGCUUCAGCCAUAGCUCAGCUCUUAAGAACCAUGAAAGAAUCCACACAGGAGAUAAACCAUUUAGAUGCUCGGAGUGCAGAAAGAGCUUUAGUCACAGCUCAAAUCUUAGGAGACAUCAAAUAAUCCACACAGGAGAGAAACCAUUUAGAUGCUUGGGAGUGUGGAAAGAACUUCAACCGCAGCACACAUCUUAGAGAACAUUAAAAAAAUUCACACGGGAGAAACCAUUUAGAUGCUUGGAGUGUGGAAAGAGCUUCAGUCAGAGAUCAGCUCUUAAGAAACAUGAAAACAUUCACAGAGGAGAAAAACCAUUUAGAUGCUUGUGUGGAAAGAGCUUUACUCAGAGCUCAAAUCUUAGGAGACAUCAAAUAAUUCAUACAGGAGAGAAACCAUUUAGAUGCUUGGAGUGUGGAAAGCGCUUCUGUCAAAGAGGAGGUCUUAAGAAACACCAAGGAAUUCACACAAGAAUUCAAGAGUCCUUGCAAAACACCAAGGAAUUCACAAAGGAGAAAAACUUUUCAUCUUACAAAAGAUGAAAGAUUUCACACCUGGAAGGAUAUACAUAUUUUUUAAUGUAGAUAGCGCUUCCAUCUCUCCUCCCCCUGCCCUUCCAGAAGAUGUAGUUGAGGAGAGUGGAGCAGAUACUUUUUAGCCACCUCUCUCAUCUCCCCCACUUCUGAAAGAAGAAGGGCGGGGACAGAGGAGCUGUGGUGGGCAGCAGUGUUCCCUCCUCAUGUUUAGAAUCUGUGAGCGGAAAGAGUUUUGUCCUGGGCAGCAGCAUCAAGUCAGUGUGCGCACAGAAGUCUCUCACUUACACACAAACACACACAUGCGUUACUGACUAUCGCGCAAAAGUAAUGUUUGCAUGUUGGGAAGGAGGCUACAUUUAGAAUGCUUCUUCCUGCCUUUUAGUUUUCAAUGUGCAAAGUAUGUGGGUUCAUCAUACAUUCAGUCAUGUCAGCUGGCAGAAGUUGUUAAUCUCAGCUUUGCCAUCCCAGUGAGAUCUAGCCUGGUAAUCGCUAGGCUUGACUACUGCAAUGCGCUCUACCUGGGGUUGCCUUUGUACGUCGUUUGGAAACUUCCCUUGGUUCAAAAUGCAGCAGCUAGUUUGUUCUCUGGGGUGUCCCGGGGAGACCAUAUUAUGCCUGUUUUAAAGGAAUAGCAUUGGCUACUAAUGGGUUUCCAGGCCAAAUACAAAGUGCUGGUGAUUACUAUUAAAGCCCUAAACGGUUUAGGACCAGUUACGCAGGAGAGCACUUACUUCUGCAUGAUCCCCAUCACACAUCGAGAGAGGUCUGUCUCCGUAUGCUGUUGGCCCAUCUGGCAGUGACGGGAGUGGGCCUGCUCUGUUGUCACUCCUAGGCUGUGCAAUGUGCUCCCUGUAGACCAGGGCUGCUCAACUUCAGCCCUCUUGCAGAUUUUGGCCUACAAUCCCCAUAAUCCCUGACUGUGGACCACUGUGGCUGAGGAUUAUGGUAGUUGUAGUACAAAAAACAGCUGGGGGGCUUAAUUUGAGCAGACCUGCUAUAGACUUUCAUGGUUUGACAUCUUUGCCAUCCUUCAAAAGAGCCCUUAAGACCCAUUUUUUCAGCCAGACUUUUUACUUACUCUUAGUAUUUUAUUUAACAUAUUUGUAUACAAGUCUCUGGGCAGUUUACAAAAAAACAAUUUAAAAAAUAAAAAGAUUAAACAUUAAAACAAGUCGGGGUCUGCUCCUCUGGUCACUGCCCCUGCCUAGUUUCAUAAUAAACAUAUAGCAUGUAAAGCUCAGGUAAACUUAUGUUAUGAGAAUGUUUGGAAUAAUUCCAUUUUUAAAGGAGGAGCAGACUUAGAAACUGAGUUGCUGGUAUUUUUACACUAAAAAGUCCGUUCCCCAGCUAAAGUUUGUUGGAGCCAUUCUCCAUGCCAUAUUUCAAGGUGGUGAACACUCCUUGCUGCUCAAGUUAGGUUCUGUCAAUGGGAAGCUGACUGGAUACCCCUGGAUGGGAAGCCAAAGGACUGAUUCCCUGGUGCUGCACAGAGGCAGCUGCUCCCAUAGUAGCCAUCCAUGCAUAGUUCCUGGGCAGCUAGGCAGACAUGUGAGGAUCCCCCGAACAGGAAGCCAAAGGACUGCAUCCCCCGGUGCUGCACAGAGGCAGCUGCUCCAGCGUAGACAUCCCCGCGCAGUUCUUCACAUCUCCAGGGCCAGAUGGGCCCCUUAUAUUGGAACCAGAGUCCACAGGGCCAACUGGGAAGGCAUGUGGGGAUGUUGGGAAGGCUCACGGGGACACUACACAUUCCAGAUGGCCCACAUGACUUGCCAGCCAGCCCCAUGGGCCCCUGUGGUGCCUGAAAUGUGAAAAACAGCCAAGGAAUUAUCCACUCUGGAAACAACUGCCUCCACAUAGAACCCAGAGUAUGCUGAAAAUUCAUGGGAAUGGAGGGCCCAGAGGGCUAUGGGAAUGGGCAGAGCCCAGUUCAGGAGGUGGUUGGUGUAUUUUUUUAAUAAUAGAUUUCCUAGAGAAGAGGUACCUAAGGAAAGGUUGUUAAUGAUGCAUUAUAAGGUAUGUCCCUUUUUAUUUAAAUGCCAAAUAAUUCCCUUAUUUUGUGGUGACCCAGCCUCCCCAUUCCAAUAGCGUUAACCAGAAGUGAACCCCUAAACUUUACUUACAAGAGCCCCUGGUGGCGCAGUGGUAAAACUGCCGCCCUGUAACCAGAAGGUUACAAGUUCGAUCCUGACCAGGGGCUCAAGGUUGACUCAGCCUUCCAUCCUUCCGAGGUCGGUAAAAUGAGUACCCAGAAUGUUGGGGGCAAUAUGCUAAAUCAUUGUAAACCGCUUAGAGAGCUCCGGCUAUAGAGCGGUAUAUAAAUGUAAGUGCUAUUGCUGCUAUUGCUAUUACAAGCUGGCAACCCCUGAUUUUGACCAAUCAGUCCACCAGGUGGGUGGGACAUGUGAGCUGUGGGGGUCUUCUUGGAACAAGAAGCAGAAAGUCUGUUCAGAGAGGGCAGAGCGGAGUGACCAGGAUGGAGGUUGCUCCUGCAUGGGACUCUGUAGAUCCUUGAAAGACAGGAUUGUGAUCUUGCCAGGACUUGGGUGAGUGUCAAGGGGAAUGAAGCCAAGGCUUUGGGGCCUUGGAUAUUAGAAUAGGUUAAAGUGCGUUUACUUUGCGUUAGGAAUUAUUUUGUUUUCUCUGUGUUGCCUUGCAUUCCUAAAUAUCUCUUCUUUGCAACUGAGUAGCUAUGAUUUCAAUGUGUACCGCCUAAUAACAACCCGAGUGCUUUGAAAUAUUCUUGUAAUCAACUAAGUAUUUUUAAGUGCAUCCAAAAAGCUUAAAAGCCUGACGGGCCAGUCUGCAGCGACUGGAAUAAAAAGAUUUUCCUCUGCUGUUUUUACAGGCCUCCCAGGAUUGCUUAUUAAUCCAGCAGGAGAAGGGAGGGGUGGAAAAGCCCAGUAGUGCAAAAUGAGUCUUUAAAAGAGCUUGGCCAGUUAACAUUAGAAUCACGUGCAGGUAAACUCUUGGGGAGCAGGUCUUUGUAUUUACACAAUAUUCAGUCCCAGAGAGACUGAUGGACUAAAGGACUGCUAAUGACAGUAGAAUAUCCUCUAUUAAACUGAGUCAAGAUAUGUCAGCUCUGAUCUUUUUGGAUGCAGAGAAAGCAUUUGACAAUGUCUCCUAGCAGUUUAUGUGGAAGUUAUUGGAUGCAAUGGGAGUUGGUAAUAAUUUUAUUAGGGCCAUAAAGACAAUAUAUUCAGAGCAAUAUGCCAAAAUUAUUAUAAAUGGGGAAGUAUCAAAUAAUUGUAAAAUACAAAAAGGAACUAGACAAGGUUGUCCGCUUUCCCCAUUACUUUUUCUAUUAGUUCUGAAAGUGCUUUGUAGAAACAUUAGAGAAGAUGACCAAAUACAAAGCCCGAAAGUAGGGAAACAGGAGUAUAAACUCAGAGCCUUUGAGGAUGAUGUGGUGUUUUUUCUAGAAUAUCCAUUAGGAAAGGUUGGAAGGCCCUUGGGGAAAAUAGAACAAUUUGGCCAAUUGGCCGGGUUUUAUAUUAAUAAGAGUAAAACGAAGGUGUUGACAAAAAAUAUGGACCAGAAAUCAAAUGAUAGACUUUACAAGAUAAAUGAAUUGAAAGUGGAGAAGAAAAUCAAAUAUUUGGGCGUCUGGUUGACAAAUAAAAAUUCUUUGUUUUCAAAUAAUUAUAUUAAAAUAUGGAAUACAGUAAUUCCAUACAGAAUUGAUACAGAAUACAGAAUUGAUUUGUAAAGAUGGACUAGAAUGAACUUAUCUUUAAUGGGAAGAAUUUCAGUUGUGAAGAUGAAUGUCUUACCUAAAAUGUUGUUUCUUUUUCAGACUAUUCUUAUAAUUAAUAUGCUAGCCUGUUUCAAGCAAUGGCAAAAGGAUAUAACUAAAUUUGUUUGGCAAGGGAAAAGACCAAGAAUUAAAUUUAAAAAUUUAACAGAUGCUAGAGAAAGAGGUGGCCUUACCCUGCCUGAUUUAAGGCUGUAUUUUGAUGCUGUUUUGUUGACGUGGUUAAAGGAAUGGAUAACAUUAAGAAAUCUCAGAAUACUUGAUUUGGAAGGAUUUGGAAGAAGGUUUGGCUGGGACUCAUAUUUGUGGUAUGAUAACAGCAAAGUGCAUAAAGACUUUCUUAAUCACUAUGUAAGAAGGAGUCUGAUGGGAGUAUGGGCAAAAUAUAAAAAAUGGUUGGAGUGUAAAACUCCAUUAUGGGUAUCCCCAAUUGAGGCUUUGGCACAUAAAGAGACAAAUAUGCAAUCUGAAUGGGGUGCUUAUAGGGAUUUGUUAUGUUUUCAAGAGAAGGGCUGUAAAUUAAAAAAAAUUAAAUGGAGUACAAAAUUUGAUUAGUAAUUGGUUUCAGCAUCAUCAGCUAAAUGAAACUUAGAAAAAGGAUCUUAAGGUUGGGUUUGUUGAUCAAAUGUCAAGAUUUGAGAAGGAAGGUGAAAAUGAUGAAAAAUUAGUCUUUAAGAAGUAUAAGUUGUUGCUUUUGGGGGAGACAAGAGAUGAAGUGGUUAAAACGACUAUGAUAAAAUGGGAUCAAGAUGUGGGUCAUAAUAUAGAUAUGGCUGCUUGGGAAAAAUUAUGGAAAACUGAUUUAAAGUUUACUGCAUGUUAUACUUUAAAAGAAAAUUAUUAUAAGAUGAUGUAUAGGUGGUAUCUGACACCAAAAAAAUUAGCAUUAAUGUAUAAAAAUGUUUCAAACAAAUGUUGAAAAUGUGGACAAUGUGAAGGAACUUUUUUCCAUAUGUGGUGGUAAUGUGGGAAAGCAAAGGCUUUUUGGGAUAUUAUAUACAAUGAGUUGAAGAAAAUUUUUAAGACGACAUUCCUUAAGAGACCAGAAUCCUUCCUGCUGGGAAUAACUGAAAGAUAGUUCUCCAGAAGAAAUUCAGCAUUUUUAAUGUAUGCAUGCACAGUGGCUAGGAUAGUAUAUGCGCAGAAAUGGAAAGACACUAAAAUGACCUCAAAAGAAGACUGUUUGAUAAAAAUUUUGGAAUAUGCUGAGAUGGCAAAGCUUACAGCGCUUAUAAAAGACAAAAAUUUGGAAUGUUUUAAAGAAGAUUGGGAACUAUUUUUACUUUAUUUAAAGAACUAUUUUUCUAAUAUGGACUUUUCAGUAGGGUUUUAAAUAUAGUAACAGCAGGUUGGGUUGGGUAAAAUCGAGUAGUAGUGUGGAGUAUGUAUGUUUUGAAUUAUUAUAGCAAUAGUUUAUAUGUAUAGUUAUUGUGAACAGCGCAGAUAGUUAAGCGGGAAGUCAAUGUUUACUUAUGUGUAGAAUUAAAUAAAUGAAUGUAAUUUGAAUGUAAAGCAAUUGUAAAAGCCAAUAAAAAUUUAAAAUGCAAAAAAUAAAAAUAAAAUGUCAGCUCUUGUCAACAACUGA